GAUAUCGGCUGUAGUUACACCGAGUCUACAGCACCCUCAAUACAGCUCCCAUCCGGAUAAUUUCAUUGGCUGACUGGAAAGAAUACCCAGCCUAUUCCCCGGACUGCGUUUCCCCGGAAUAAUUUAAAAAGGCGUUGUCAGACUUGUCCCGGUUCUCAAGUUCCCCAGUCUCACCCCGCGCGGGGAAUCCUUGUUGUGAGGAAUCUGGGGCUGCAUAACUGCACCUGCCCACAUUCUUUGUUCUCGAUGAAUUUAUAAGAACUGUGAAUAACUUGUCUUAUUAGAACACCCAGUUUGUUUCAACAUGCGUUUCUUUACCUCAGUCCUGUUUGCUCUGAGCGUCUCGUCUGUCACUUGCAAUGAUUCAAAGCCGCAGGGCCCCAAUCCUGGCGUCAAAGACAAGAAGACCUGUACCAUCAAGCCAAGUCUCGACGGCUCCGAUGACACACCUGCUAUCCUCAAAGCAUUCGAUUCUUGUGGCAAGAAUGGACGAGUUGUCUUCAUCAACGAGACCUACCAUGUCGACACGGUCAUGAAUACGACAGGUCUAGAGAACGUUGAUAUCGAUUUGUAUGGAACUCUCUUGUGGUCAGCGAACAUCACCUACUGGUUCAACGCCUCUCUCUUCUUCGGCUAUCAAAAUCAAUCCUCAGCAUGGUGGCUAGGAGGCAGCAACAUCUGCUUCAAUGGACACGGCUCCGGAACCCUCGAUGGCAACGGACAAUUUGUGCAAAGCCAGAUGUGGGCGAUGACCGUCUUCAAAAGCGAGAACAUCCUGAUGCAGGAUGUUUAUAUUAAUAGCACGUCCCACAGUGGAAGCCCAGCUCGUAACACCGAUGGCGUGGACACGAUAUAUAGCAACAAUAUUCAUUUCGAUCGUAUGACGAUCAUUAAUGGCGAUGAUAGCAUCUCGGCGAAAGCUAAUAGCACAAAUAUCCUCAUCACAAACUCUACAUUCAUCAAUGGACUGGGUGUGGCGCUGGAGAGUAUCGGGCAGUAUGAGGGUGUGUAUGAGAUUCUAGAGAAUGUCACAGCGAGAGAUAUCAUAUGUGUGAAGACACUUCAUGCAGGGUAUGUAAAAACAUGGACUGGAGAGAGAGUUGGAUACCCACCGAACGGAGGCGGUGGAGGUUUAGGUUAUGCGAAAAACAUAACCUUCUCCAAUUUCACCGUCUCCGCUCUCCGCGGCUCACCAUUCGCCAUCUCUCAAUGCACCACCUUCAGCGACACAGCAGGCGAUUGCAACAGCUCCGAAUUCCAGCUCGAAGAUAUCUUGAUCGAGGAUAUACGGGGAACGAUUAAUGCGGAUCCGGUUGCGAGUUUUCGGUGUAGCGGCGCGGCGCCUUGUAGGGAUAUUAGUAUGCUGGGUGUGGAGUUGGAUUUAGUUAAUGGGAAAGUGGCGAGUGGGUGGAAGUGUAGCAAUUUGGUGGGGGCGGUGGGGUUCAAUUGUUAG